AUGACCUUCAUUGCGUAUGCAGUAUCCGAACUGCAUUUACUUCAAAUUGUAAGGCUAGAGGUCUUUGCCGAUGAGGAGGUAACCCCAGCGACCAGUCUCUCGGAAGAAUGGGGCUCUGGCUGGCGAGGCCCCAACUUCCUGGUGGAGGUGGAGCAAACUGCUCCAAUGUCGCCGCCAUCCUCAUCCUCGGCAUCCUCCAAUGGCAGCGAGGACUACAUUGGGGAGCUGAGCAGCCAGGAGGCGGAUGAGGGUUUCACCACAGGCGCCACCACAGGAGCGUCGAAUAGCACUGCCGUGGAGACGGGACCCAAGAUCAUCGUGCGCACCGAGGAGGUCCUGAUUGUCGGCCUCGUCCUUGUCCUUUGGGUGGGAGCCAUCAUGCUCUUCUUCAAUCGCUGGGGCAAGAUCCGGAUGCUGGAACCGUAUCAGCCCAAGUUUCAGCAGCAGCACCGCAGCUCCUGUCCGCUGGUCGACUUGGAUGCCGUGCAGACGCAUCAGCGCUCCUCCGUGUCGCGUAUGUCGAUGGGCAUGGUGCACAAUCUCAAUAUGCCGACGUGUCAAUUUGCGGCCUAUAAUCCCAACAUUUAUGCCAAGGGCUACGCCUCUCACGUGUCCCAGGUGUCGCGUCCACGCCAGAAUUCUGUAUUUGUGGGGGCCAGCACCAGUCAUUACCUGAUGCCACGGCCCCCCAGGAAGACCCGCUCGGCGAUGGACCUGCACUCGAUGGUGCUGGACGAGAGUGCCGAACAGGUGUAG